AUGCAAUCUCAACAGUACAGUAACAACUGGAAUCACCAAGAUCCAUACUAUAGCCACGACGCAACCGAUAAUCUGGAUUACCUCUAUCAAGAACACAAUGACAUGCCUUCGUUGAUCGCUCCUCUGGCUGCUCCUUCUUCCUAUCCACAUACUGAUAGCUUGACUGAUGCUGUUUCUCGCAUGCAAAUGCUGGAUAAUCCAAACAGCUUGAGCCUAAAGAUUGAGCCAUGUAUCUCUAUUACUGAACCUACACCUAUCCAUCCAAAUUAUCAACAUCAGCAACAAUCAUACCAUCAUCAUCAGCGCUCUGCUUCGGAUUCUUCCUUGAAUUUUGUAGAUCAGUUUAUAGCUCAACACUCUAAUCAAUUAGAUCAGCAGCAGCCUCAACAUCAGCAAUCUGCUUCCAUGGACAUUCCCUUCUCAGACAUCCUCAAUUCUACAAACUCUAUUCUGGACAAUCUCUUGUUAGCUCAACCUGGCACCAACACUGACUGGCUCAGUUGGACGCCAGCCAGAGGAAACUCCCCAGUGUCAAUGGCAAGCAGCUCAUUUGAGGAUCCCACCAUCUUCCAAUCAAAUACACCAGAUCCAUCUGCUUUAUACUACAAUCUCAUGAUAUCUACUGAGGAGCUCCUGGGAUCUACUACCCCCAAUGUGGGUAAUAUGGAAUAUCCAUCACCUUCCAUGUCAGACUACAAUGUGAUUGACAACAAUGCAACCUUGACUGUAAAGAAGGGCAAUCGAUCACGUAGAGUAUCUGAGCCACCAAAGUUGUCCAGCUCCAUUCAGCAAGAAUACCAAAUGGCAUACAACACUGAUAGAUCAGUCCGCAGAAGUCAAAGUGAUAGCAAAAAGAAGGGCGGCAGAGCAAGAUCCAACUCAUCAGCGUCUUCUUCUGGUGGAAACCAUCUCUGUCCUCAUCCUGGAUGCGGUAAAUCGUUCACUAGACCCUACAACUUGACAUCACACAUGCGCACACACACAGCAGAUCGUCCCUUUGCUUGUUCAGAGUGUGGUAGAAGAUUUGCUCGUCAACAUGAUCGCAACAGACAUGAAAAGUUGCAUUGGGGUAUCAAGCCUUACGCUUGCAUGCACUGCCAUAAACCUUUUGCUAGAAUGGAUGCUUUGAACCGCCAUCUCCGUGUGGAGAAUGGCUGCCAACAACAACAGCAACAACAGCAGCAGCAGUUCAAUGUUGUGUAA